AUGGCUGCCACUCCUUCCACCCAUUCGCCUGGGGUGUUCGCCAUCACCAAACCACGCCUGCUCUUGGUCCUGUCCUUGGCCUUGACAUGGUGGAUAGCCUCGCUCUUACCACGUUACGAGCCCAUAAUCAAGGCCCAAUUAAAUUCUCGUCUCGAGGAGGCAAGGCAGAGGAUACCAUCCAUAAAGGUCGACUGGACACCUACCGACGACCCGAGGGCAGCCUACAAUGCCUCCAAGGUCGCCAUGAUCAUCGAGCCCCGGGUCAUGCCCCACCUCGUGCCCCAGCUGCUGCACAUGAUCGCCGUCGUCCCCCCAGACUGGCGCUUCCUCUUUAUCGGUUCCGACAAGAGUGUCACCCUCUUGGGCAGGAGUGCAUCGGUAAAGCACCAGCAGGUCGUAGGCAAACUGGACCUGAUGGUUUUGCCCGAGCCUUGGGACGUUUCUUCCAAGGAGAUGGUAUACCGCACUUUGACGGAUAUGCGAUUUUAUGACGAGUUUCUCCCCGGCGUGGAGUGGAUAUUAAAGUUUGAGUACGACAGCAUCCUGUGUGCCAAUUCCGAGGUCGGCCUGAACGAGUGGCUCGACUGGCACUGGACCGGUGCUCCAAGAGGCGAGACUGAUCGUUUCGCUGGCAAUGGGGGGCUAUCCCUGCGCCGAGUGACCGCCAUUCGACAGGUUCUCGGCUUUCAGGCGCGGUACAACGACACCGUGCCGGAGGAUGAGUGGUUCGGCAGUCGCCUGUACAUCAUGCCCGGCCUAAAGGUCGCAUCGGGCCUGGAAGGCGCUCUGGCUGUCGAGGACGUGUAUAUGGAGAGACCCAUGGGCUUCCAUGUUCGAGAGAUGGGAGAUAACUUACACCCUGACGUAUGGGAGGAUCACGAGAGGAGGAAGAAGAUGCUGGAGUACUGCCCUGAGCUGCACACCGUCUUGAAGGCAAAGCUGGAUCGUGAGAGGUGUGCUGGAGAUUCCAAGGACGGAGUCAUACAUCCCACGCCAGAAGAAAAGGAGCAGGAGAGGCUCAAGCAGCAAGCCGAACAAGAGGCGAGGAGGAAAGCACAGGAAGCAGCUCUGAAGAAAUUGCAGGAAGAACGCAAAAAGCAAGAGGCGCAAGAGGCGGAAGACGCAAAGAAGAAGAAGGAAGAGGAGGAAGCCAAUAAGAAAAAGGAGGAAGAAGCCAAGAAGAAACAGGAAGAGGAGGCAGCAAAAAAGACGGAGGAAGAGGCCAAGAAGAACCAGGAGGAGGAAGCGGCAAAGAAGGUGGCCGCCCCACCACCCGGCGCAAAUGAAGCCUCGCAACCGAACCAACCGAACCAACCGGGCCAAAACAAUCCCAACGAGCCGGCCAUACCGCCGGUCCCCAAGCCAGAAGCUCCUAAACCAGAAGUCCCCGCCGCCGCCGAAAAGCCAGAGCAGCCCCCUUCCGAGAAGGAAGCAGCGCCAGACCGCAAAGGGCUCACCCACGACGUCCCCUCGGACGCGGCAGCGGACCAGCCCGCCGUACCCGGUGAAGAGUCCCCACCGACGGAGGGAUAA